AUGAAAGUCACGCCUCUACACCUGACCAUUUUUGACCUACAUCGCGUCGUCAUUCCAAUUCUUUACGGCGACGUUCUAGUGCCGCAGCAACCGCCGCGGACGACCAUAUGGGAGCCGUUACUCGUGGGCGGCUUGAUGAAGGCAACCAACCACGGACCCGAGCAUAUUCGUGACCUUCGAUUCGAUUAUCCCCGUGACAACCCCGGUAACCUUCCGGACUAUGUCUCUAAAUUGGUCAAACGCAUCCCCAGCGAUACGCUGCGUUCGGUCAAAUUUCUCGGUAGCUCGGAGACGCCGGAAGUCCCAUCCGAUUUCCUUGUGCACUUGAUGCGCAAUCAGCGCAAGCUGGUAGAAAUCGACAUUCGUUGGCCACCGGAAUUCAACGGUCAUUGGGAUGAGCUUGCUUCAGGAUUUCCCAUUCACGCUUUGACAACGCUGACUAUCGGAGUCAAAGAUGGAAUUACCGAGAAAAGCGUGAUAACCACGGCCGCUUUUCUUUCCACGGCAGUCAACGUUAGCAACGUAUCCAUCUACGGCGGACAGGGUGCCAGUAACGGACUGGAACGUGUGCUGGCAGUUGUUCAAAAGUAUGUUACACAGCUGUCCAAGUUACAGCUCAGGUCGUUCAAGAUCGCUGAGUUCGCCCGUGGGCUUGGACUCGCGAUCAAGACGUUGGUUAUGCUAUUCGACUUCUCGAAACUGAAGUCACUCACCAUCACGCGCUGUGACGAUUCAGAUUCGUUGUUCAAGAAGGUGUCGAUGCAACAGCCCCACCACAAAUACCUUGCAGAAGUAUCCAUCAAGAGGUCGCAUGGAAAUAUGGACGAACUCUCCAAAAUACUCCCCCAUUGCACGGCACUCGAGAGUUUGGAGUUGUACGAUGUGAUGCAUAUGCGCAGAGAACUUGACUUGGCGCAAGUACUUCCAUUCUUCAUCACUGGCAUUCACGGAAAGAUCUUCAACAUUCGCAAGCUAUUCCUACAUUCUAUCUACUGGUCAAUGAGCGCUGCCUAUUAUACUCGCGGCCCGGAUCUCAUCAAGCGCCUUUUAGAAGGUUGUCCGAAGCUCGAAGAGUUAAUGCUGGAUUUCCCUCCAUGGAUCCACGGUGAUAGGUCAUCCUGGAAUGUUCAACAGUCGCAAUUCAUGAGUAUCAUAGCCCACGCUCCACGGUUGCGUUUACUUAUCAACACCACCCAGGAUGCAUCUCGGCUCAAUGAGAAUCAGAGCAUUCUCACACAGAUUGAUCCUAAACCUCCAUCAUGGGUGUCCAAUCUCGAGCAGGGCUACCUUGCUCACCCCAGAACACAUCAGGAUGCAUGGAUGCAUAACAUGGUAUCUGAAAUGUUCCGUACAUUUGCGUUUACUAACCCCAAAUUGGAGGUUUAUGGAAUUAUGGAUCCGAGCCGUACCCGCUGGUUUGUCCGCCGUCCGGUAUUGAAGGCUACGGGGAAGGUCGAGACCGUGGUCGAGGAGAUCUGGCCGAAACGGAUGAAGUUCGAGAAGCCUGAAUACGAUUGGUCAUUUGGAUCGAAUGUAAUCUAGCAGGCUGACACUCGUCGGCAGAUGAAUGUGCAUGCGAAUGCGCAUGAGUUAUGCUUGAGAUGUGUUUCAAAGCGGUUUGCUGGGACCUCUUCUUUGGGCUAACUGGGUUUCUUCAAUGUGCAUACCUAUGUACGUAGGACUAUUAUUGCUGGGUAGUUAGAUCCUGCU